UGCUCGCUUCCGUAAAUAUUUGGCGGGAGAUGUAAGAUGUAAGACAGGAAGUUGUACUUGUUUUUGCUGUUUGAUUAAUAAAACAACAACAAAAGAGCAACACUCCUAUUCUAAGAAUGGAUGAGCACAGUUCCGUGCAAACAGUGGACUGGAAGAAGACUAAGGAGGCGGCGGCAAACUUCCGACGGUUGCUACUUUGUUCCAAAUGUUCAGAUUUGAUGAAGGAACCUGUUUGCUUAGGUUUAUGUGAGCAUAUGCUGUGCAGGUCCUGUGCUGGGCCACGUGCAGGAGAUGGCUGUGUGGUAUGUCACAGCCCUGCCUGGGUGAAGGACAUCCAAAUCAACAGGCAGCUCAGCAGCAUCAUAGAACUCUUCUGUGGCUUAGAGUCCCUGCUCACUCCUAUUAAAAAUCCAGACUCAUCUGUGGCUGAGAUUCAGCCUGAUGGCCCUGUACCUAAAAACAACAAGAAGAAUUUUAAAAUCUGGUUCAGUCCCCGCAGCCGCAAGGUACGCUGCACAGUCGAAAAGGCUGCAGAGAUCACCGUACCGGACAACAGGUCUCCUGGAGAAACAUCUGCAGCACAGCAAGACACCCUCACUGCUCAAUGCCAGGACCUGUCAGUUUUCAAUUUCACUUCGUCCUCCCAAGACUCCGGCUCCUCUUCUUCUCAAAGAUGCAACGGUGAAACAAAAAACGACAGGAAGAAGAGGUCAACUAAGAAAAAUGCUACCAGCAGGAAUGUGCCGGUGCAAGGAGCCACCAGAACCACACGAAAACAGACGAAGCAAAAUCUGAAGAAGAAAAGGUUGGAAGCCAUAAACCAGCAAUGGGGCAUCUCAGAAGAGGCUCAUCUCUCUGAAAAUGAGCAGGUGUGUGCUGAUGGAGCAAGAAGGUCCAGUAAAAGGGUUUCAUUCCUAAGCCCUGUUGUCACUUCUGAUGGGCCUCAGCCUGAGAUGGCACAGCGGAGCACUGAUAAACUCAGUCCUGCCAGGAGCACGGUGAGAGAGAGUCUCUCACAAGGCAGCGAGACUGUACUGAAUUGCCAAACUGAACUUGUUCAACCCUUGCCGGAAAGUUCCUUUCAGCAUGACCAGCUGUCUGCAGAUGUACCCAAACCAAAUGAUAACCCCAAAAAUCACAAGAACGUGUCUCCUUCCGAGCAUUCCUCAAAAAGAUCUAGGACCGAAGACAGAAACAGCACUUUGGACAACACUCCAAAAAGACCAAGACCUUCUCCAGGCAGAAGGGGGAGAAAAUCAUUGAGUCCGAUCUCUCCAGUUGUGCUAAAUCCUCCAUCUCUGACUACCCCUAAGAGCACCAAAAAGUCCAGAAAAGAGGGCAGAGACAGCCCCUCUGUUCAAGCCAGCCCCUCCACAGAAAGUUACAGGAGAUCUUCCUGUUUUAAUGGUGCAUCUGUUGGACGGUCCAGUCCAGGAAGCCCUGCAGUUAUGAAGAGGAACCACAAGGGAGAGACCCUGCUUCAUCUAGCUGCAAUCAAGGGAGAUGUAGAGGCUGUCAAGGAUCUUCUGGAUCAGGGGGCUGACCCCAAUCUAAAAGAUAAUGCGGGGUGGACACCUCUGCAUGAAGCAUGUAACCUGGGUCAUCUGGCAGUUGUGGAACUACUGGUCUCAAUGGGAGCCCUCUUGAACACGCCUGGGUAUGAGAACGACUCCCCACUACACGAUGCUGUCAGGAAUGGACAUUCAUCUAUUGUAAAGCUACUAUUGCAGCUUGGCGCCUCACAGAACGUAUUAAAUCUGUAUGGAAAGCGGCCUGCAGAUUAUGCAGCGAGUCUGGAGAUGCUGGAGAUUUUCCAAGAAGCCUCAGAAGGAACUCAAUAUGCAAAUGCUCGUAUAUCUCAUAGCCCCUCAGCCAGUCUCUCCGUGGUAAAUGACUGUGUGAGGAGGGAACAAACCAUAGUGCUUUUGUCCAGCAAGCUCUCACCAGCUGAACGGCAUCAACUGGUCAAACUGGGACAGCUACUGGGAGGGAGGAUGGCUGACACAUUUUCUGGCUCAGUGAGUCACAUUGUGGUACCGGAAGGGCAAAUGCCCACCACCUACUCCACCCUCAUGGGUCUUCUUGCUGGCUGCUGGAUUGUUAGAUACAAAUGGGUGGAGGCAUGUCUCCAGGCGGGGAAGUGGGUGCCUGAAGCUGAGCAUGAAGCAGGAGAAGGCCCCCAGCGAAGUCGCAUCAACAGAUGCAGCUUGCUUCCACCACUGUUCGAUGGAUGUUUCUUCUUCCUUCUUGGCUCUUUUAAGACGCCUACCAAAGAUGAGCUCACAAAACUACUCCGGGAGGGAGGAGCUCAGCUACUGAACCGGCAACCCAAGCCAGACAGUGAUGUGACUCAAACUGUGAAUGCCACAGCCUAUCAUGCCCUGCCAGGGUCCGACCAGGCCCUUUGCACACAUUACAUCAUCUAUGACCCUCAAGCCCCUCACAAGCCGUCAGUAGUGAGACGAGGCAAGGUGUGGUCAGCUCCCACCACCUGGGUCAUCAAAUGCAUCACUGCCUUCAGCCUCCUCCCUGUACCAGACCCUGAACUAUUGGUCUAAAUUUGUUAAAUAAUUAUGUUUGCACUAAACAACUUACCCAUAAGUAUGGCCAUAAUGUGUAUGUAUGUCUUGUUGUUGUUGUUGUUGUUUAAUCUAUGCAGAUUUAGUGGACAUAGUGAGUCAUAUACAGAAUAAUAAAACAAUAAUGUUGCUAAUUUUAAUGGUCCAUACUUACAAUGUAAAAAUAAAGUACAAAUCUGUCUAGAGAUAGAUGGAUAGAUAUAGAUUGUUUUUUCACAAGUCUGAGAAUCUGACUUAUAUACAGUAUGAUUGAACUUUACAAUAGAAGAUUUGACACUAAUUGAUGCAAAAAAGUGAGGAAACAAAGUUGUGUUGCACACAAAUAAAAAUGAAAAAUAAAAAGGGAGGGAAAGAGGUUAUAUUAGAAAACAUGGACAUAGCCAUUUUAACAUAACUGUUUUUCUUUGUUUGCUUUUUGAUGUAAUUAACAGUUAUUGCUGGUUAUAAUGCUGUAUUUAAAAAAAAAAAAAAACU